CUUUCUUUUCUUCUUUACUCAUACCACUUUUUUUUUAUUUUCUUUAUUAUCUUUUGUCUUUAUCAUGUCAAUUCAAGAAUAUGCGCCUGGAGAUACUGUAUUUGCCAAAUUAAGAGGAUAUCCUUGGUGGCCAGCAAGAGUUGAAAACGACAAAGAUAUCCCACCUCAAGUGUUGAAACAAAAGAGCAAGGCAAAGGGAUUGUUGUAUACUGUCUUUUUUUAUGGUUCAAGAGACUAUGGGUUUUUUGGACCAGAGAGUGUACGUCCUUUUGAUCGAGAAGAAGUUGAACGCGAUCUGAAAGCAAAGAAAUAUAGAACAAAAGAAUUGAUACAUGCUAUUCAACAAGCAUUAAAUCCUUCAUCAUUUGAAGAGAAAGAAUGGGAGACAAAUAGACAAAGUCAAAAAAGAACAAGAAAGAGAGGGCGAUCAGAGGAUGAACGUACAAAGAAGAGGAGUAAAUCAUUAUCAGUGGAGAAAGAUGAUGAAGAGACAGUAAAGAAGAAUGAGAUGACCGACAUGGAAGCAUUUAAAAAGACAGCAGAGUUUAAAAGAGUGUAUCAUAUUCGACAUAAGCUUCAGAAGCUUGUCUAUGGAAAGGAACCAGUAAGUAAUCAUGUAUAUUGAUGAGUAUAGAUAUAUGUACAUAUAUAAAACAUAGGGAGAGAUACCAAGAGAAGAUUAUGUCAAGAUAUUAGCGAUUAUAGAUGAAAUUGAACAACUAACAAUGACAGUUGAAUUGAUAAAGUACACCAAAAUUGCCAAAGUACUCAACUGUGCUUGUAAUUAUUGCUUUGAAGAAAAUGAGUUUGAUAUCAAUCAACGUUGUAUACAAGUAUUAAAGAAGUGGAAGCCUUUAUUCGACCAUCAUUCAUCACAACCUCAACUUGCUAUUUUUCAAUCAUAACAUAUUCAUUCCGCCCCCUAGCUUGACACGUGUUUAAAAGAGCGCAAUUAUUAUUAAAUGUA